CCCAAUUUUUCCCUAAAACCCGUUUCCUUCUAUAUGCAGACACAACAUUCAUUUCUUAUUCUUCUGAAACCCUAUUCCGCCGUCACGACUCUAUUCGCUGUCACGGCCUCCUUCGCCUUCCUCCUCCGCCUUCUUCCUUUUGAGUUGAGUUGUAUCCAUGGUCUCUCUCCUUGAAAUCCUCUUUUGAGUUGAGCCACAACUGAAACAAGCAGAUCGAACGGAGUUGAGUCUAUUCAAGAUCCAAUUCUGACCCCAAAAGUACCACCGCCAUGGUGAGCGUCAUCGACCUUCUAACCCGAAUCGGUUCCAUUUGCAAAAAGUAUGACAAAUACGACCUCGACAAGGAGAAUAUGGAAGAAGAUCUGGACGAUGUCGUUCCAUGUACAUCCCUCGCUGUUUAGUCAGAUGCAAUAGGGUAUCGUAUCUCUAGAUCUCAUGUUUGUGCAAUAGGGCUUAAGUCAGAUGCACUUAUGGAUGUUAUUUGGGACAUUAUGCGUUGCUGGGUUAAAAAUCAUCCCGUGAAAGGUCAGCCGGCAGAUCAACCUGGAAGUAUCAUACUUGCAAAGGAACUCGUUCUACAGGCUAAUUUUGCUAGGGCUGUAGCGUCUCUUAGCAAGGCGCAAGCAAAGAAAGUUUCGAGGUUUUUUCCAAUCCUGAAAGACAUUAGGGGUCCAAAACUAAAGGCAGGACGAACUAUCACUAGCAAGCAUGUCUCUAUAGGUGAAACAGCCCUUAAUGCUCUCAAUAAUGAAGAAGAUAAUAAAGAAGAAGAACCUAAAAGUAAGAAGCCAUAAAUUGAAGAAGAUAAUAGUGCCACAUCUUAGCUCAUAAAAAAGGCUCUUGAAAUCAAAUUUUCAUGAAAUUCCACAUUUUUU